CCCUCCUGACAGGAGCCCCUCUCCCGGCCCAGGCGGUCGGGCGCCCUGCCGCUCCCUGCGGGCCUCCCGGGCACCCGGCCACCGCGCACCCCUCCGCACCAUGGAGCCUGAGCUGGCGGCCCGGAAGCAGGGCCGGCCGCGGAGGCGAAGCCGCCGGGCCUCCGGGCUCAGCGCGGGCGGCGCCACGGAGCCUUUGGCCGACACCCCCGGGCCGGGACCUGACGGCAGAUACUCCCUUCGGAGAGGUAGCUCCUUCACAUUUUUAACACCUGGCCCCCAUUGGGACUUCACUUUGAAAAGAAAACGAAGAGAGAAAGAUGAUGACGUCGUCAGCCUUAGCAGCCUUGAUCUGAAAGAGCCAAGCAAUAAAAGAGUUCGACCUCUAGCUCGGGUCACGUCCUUGGCAAAUUUAAUCUCUCCUGUAAGAAAUGGAGCCGUCAGACGCUUUGGUCAAACCAUACAGUCGUUUACCCUUCGUGGUGACAGCAGAUCCCCAGCUUCUGCUCAGAAGUUUUCGAGCAGAUCAACAGUCCCCACGCCUGCCAAGAGGAGAAGCAGUGCCCUGUGGUCGGAGAUGUUAGACGUCAGCACAAAGGAGUCUCUCACUACCAAAGAGAUCAAGCGUCAGGAGGCAAUAUAUGAGAUGUCCCGAGGUGAACAGGAUUUAAUCGAGGAUCUCAAGCUGGCAAGAAAGGCCUACCAUGACCCCAUGUUAAAGUUGUCCAUUAUGUCAGAGGAGGAACUCACGCACAUAUUUGGUGAUCUGGACGCUUACAUACCUCUGCACGAAGAUCUGUUGGCAAGAAUAGGAGAAGCAACCAGGCCUGGCGGAGCUGUGGAGCAGAUCGGCCACAUUCUUGUGAACUGGUUGCCAGGCUUGAAUGCCUACAAAGGCUACUGCAGUAACCAGCUGGCAGCCAAAGCUCUUCUCGAUCAAAAGAAGCAGGAUCCGAGAGUCCAGGACUUCCUCCAGCGAUGUCUUGAGUCUCCCUUCAGUCGAAAACUAGAUCUUUGGAGCUUCCUAGAUAUUCCUCGUAGCCGCCUUGUCAAAUACCCCUUACUGCUGAAGGAAAUCCUUAGACACACUCCGAAAGACCACCCCGACGUUCAGCUUCUGGAGGAGGCUAUACUGAUAAUACAAGGCGUUCUCUCUGACAUCAACUUGAAGAAGGGGGAGUCGGAGUGCCAGUACUACGUCGACAAGCUGGAGUACCUGGACGAGAAGCAGAGGGACCCCAGGAUUGAAGCCAGCAAGGUGCUGCUGUGCCACGGGGAGCUAAGGAGCAAACACGGGCACAAACUGCACAUUUUCCUGUUCCAAGACAUCUUGGUCUUGACUCGACCUGUUACACGAAAUGAGCGUCACUCGUACCAGGUUUACCGGCAGCCGAUCCCGGUCCAGGACCUGGUCUUGGAAGAUCUGCAGGACGGGGACGUGAGGAUGGGAGGGUCCUUUCGAGGGGCUUUCAGCAACUCCGACAAAGCUAAAAAUAUCUUUCGAGUUCGCUUCCAAGACCCCUCUCCAGGCCAGUCGCACACUCUCCAAGCCAAUGACGUCUUCCACAAGCAGCAGUGGUUCAACUGCAUCCGAACCGCCAUCGCCCCUUUCCGGCAGGCCCCCGGCCCGGCCGAGCCGCAGGGCGCGCCGCCGCCCCAGCUCCCCGCGGCGUGCGCGGCGGACAGCGCGGCUCAGGGCGGCGCCGACCGCGACGCUUCCCAGGCCGGCGGCGCGGGCAGCGGGAGAGCGGCCCGCGCCCAGGCUGGCUCCCGGCGAGCCAGGGACAGGGACCGAGCGCAGGGCGGCGAGCGGCGGAGGGAGACGGUGGUGUGAGCGGCCCGUGCGCCGGCGAGGCGCUACUCAUACGCGUGCGAGGCGGUCCUUCCUCGUCGCGGGGGCGGGGCGGGGCGGGGCGGGGGCGGCGCAGGGCUGAGACCAGUCUUCACGUUGUCUGUGUUUUCGGUUGAUUUUGGAUGUUGUUCCUUUUUUUUUUUUUUUUUUUUUUUUUUUUUUUUUUUAAUGGCAGCUAAAGAUACAUAUACAGAUUGCUGUUGAACUGCAGUCUUUUUUCUCAGAUUAUUUAGAACAUGCAAGCCUGGUAUUUUUAAUCAAAUGAAAUACUUCUGAAAAGGGUUUUCUCCUCAUUCUGCAUUCAUCAUGAGUGCAUUUUUAAUACCAAUUGUGAUAGUUACGAUAUUCACCAAAGCUUAAAAUUUUGCAAAUUCUGGGAUUUUACUGGUGUUUCUUUGAUAAACUUUUCAUGCAGAAUUUGAAAUUUUAACAUUGGCUCCUAAGAUCUACUUGGAAUAUGUGUAAUAUUUCAGAAUUUACAUUGAAGCAUAAGUUCCUUGAAAACAAAACUUAAUAGGUUUUCCAUUUUACCAACUGGAAUGCUUUUUGUUAGUUUUUCACUGCACAUUCCUCAUUUUUCAUUGACUUAACCUGCCAAUUAUUUAAUUUUUUUUAUUGUAAAGUAGUUUUUAGUAUUUGCUUUUAUUUUUUUUUUUCACUUUGUUGCCUUUUCAAAUUGGCAUGUCUUUAUUUUUCUUUCUUGAUUAAAAAUGUGUGUGUAUGUGUGUUGUGUGUGUGUGUGUGUGCGUGUGUGUGUGUGUUUUAAAUCAUGUUAACUUUACCAAGUGAAACCAAGCCAUACUGUUUUUGAGCCAAUUAAGAAAAUUACAAUUUGUAAAGUGUAGUAUUUUAAGAUGGUGAACCCAGUGAAAUGACUUAGUAUGCUCCGGACCACAGAAAGAAAACAUGUUCAGGGUUUCAUUGAAAGUUUUAAUGCUGUAAAAGCAAAAGGGAAGGCAGUUGACUGGUAAUAAGUUUAAAAAAAAAAAAGAAAAAGAAGGAAAAAGAGAGUAGUUUUGUUUUCAUGUAAGCUGUCUGGUUGUGCAGACGUUUAUGAAAGGAGGUAGUCAAAGCUAAACCUGAGAGUGCGUAGUAAGUCGUAGAAGGGUUGGGGGAAGUGAACUCUGACUUGAUUUACAAUACUUGCGAGUAAUGGGUUUGAAAAGAAAAUGAAGUGUGUUGAAAAUUCGACCAUAUUAGAUGAAUUCUGGUGAAUUUAUUCAUAAGAGGGGAAGGAGACUGGUGAACCCUUUACUAUGAAAUGUUCCUGUUCAGAUGAGAUCAUAGUCUUGGGGUGGGGGGGACUAAAAGCCCUGCGUCUUGGCGGGUUUGUGAUGGUGACCAGUUCAAGUAAAUGUUGACUAUUAUGUGAACUCUGUUUGGCCAGUGGAAAUGAAAAUUGAAAAAGACUGUAAAUAAUUAAAUCCAGAUGAUUUCUCUGUAUAAAUGAAUUAUACAAUUAAAAAAAGUCACACACAUAA